AUGGUGAAACUGCUGUGGCAGGCUUGGCCGUCCGGAAUGCCAGCACCGACAAAGCCAUCCUUGCUUUUAGAACACAAAGUCGCCAAUAUGCGGUGGUCAAUGUCCCGGUACCCACUGUGUGUGGCAUUAUAUCCUCACAUUCUACGAUUGAAACAGAUGUGGUCGCAAGUGGCCGACUGCAGCGACAGCACCAAAGUUCGCUUCGCAGCACUGCUGACUGACGCUGCCUGGUAUCAGCAUGAGAAAGGGAGAUUCCGAGGCUUCGAUGGGUUCUUUGAUUUGUCACAAACGAUAUGUGAAUCUUUACCAGGUGAUGACAGCGAUAGUGUCCUUAGCACUUUCUUGAACAUGCAAAAAUCGAUCUGCGAAAGUGUCGAUCCUGGCUUUGUGGAUAUGCGACUGGGAAAUGCUUACACUGAGAUGGCACUAAGUCUCACACAGGCCGGACAAUUGUAUGAGGCCAUCAGAUUUUUUAGACGUGAAAUGGAAAUCAGGAAGAGAAUAGGAAUUACGCAUCUUCAAUCAAGAGACGCUAACUAUGCGAUGACACUAAUGCUGCGAGGAGACCUCAAAGUUGCAGAGAAGGUGCUCCUGGAUUGCGUAAAGCUUUGGGAGUCUACUGGAAGUGUUGUCACACUCAGGAUCGCCCGACAUUUCCAGGCUCUUGGAAACCUCCGCAACCUCCAAGGAUGA